AUGAGAACUCACCUGCACUCUGGAUUCCAGCCCGGUACACCUUUCAGCUGGCAGUCCAUUGGCUACAGGGCUGAACCGGGCAUCAAGGAUAAGAUCCACAGUGGGCUCUUUUUCCUGGACGCACGCAAAGUCACCACAUACAGCGAUUAUCUGCAGGAGAGGAUGAGGAUCCUCCAGGCUGAGCUCUAUUACCUUGAUGUUCCACAGAUAGUCCUGCUGACGCAUGUUGACCAGGUGUGCCACACUGUCCAGGAGGACGUGAAGUACGUCUACACCAGCCGCACCGUGAAGGACAAGAUGCAGAAAGCAGCAGAGUUUGUUGGCAUUCCCGUGUCCUUUGUUCUCCCCGUGAGGAACUACGCUUCAGAGCUGUCCACCAACUGCAACACUGACAUCCUGCUGCUGAGUGCAGUCCGCAGCAUCCUGCAGGCCGUGGAUGACACCCUGGAUGACCAGUGCGUCUGAGUCUGCAGUUCAGCAGAUUAGCCAGAGGGGGCGCCACCA